CAAAAUCUCGACUUCUCUGGACAAAUCUAGGAAGAUUGAUCAUACAUUGAACGUAAACCAGUAUAUUAUUCAUCUGGUUUCUCAAAACAUAGCCUCUAUUUUCUUGUAAAUAUAUAAGAGAAACUGUUGCGAACAAUCUAAAUGCAGAUUUAAAACAUAAAUGCAUAAAAGUAUUGAACAAUUAGUGCAAAAGUUGCCAAGGAUUUUGUUUUUUAGAUAAACACAACAAAUAUAUAAGUUUAUAAAACAAGAGUAUAAUUUUUUAUUGCAGUAUAUUGCAGUAUAUAUCAAAGCACAAAAAUAAAUUAAUUUCUAUCUAAUCGUUAUUAAUAAUCAUGAGGACGAAUAUGAACACUCGUAUAAAUGGGACAAAUGUGAUUUUGGUGCCGUAUCAAGAAAAGCACGUAACAAAGUAUCACGAGUGGAUGAAGAAUCCUACGUUGCAGUAUCUAACUGGUUCUGAACCGUUAACGCUGGAGCAAGAAUUUGAGAUGCAAAAACGAUGGCUUGAGGACAAAGAUAAAUGCACUUUUAUUAUCUUGGAUAAACACAUCUUUGUGUCUACUGAAAGUGAAGUAGAUGCCAUGAUAGGAGACACAAAUUUAUUUCUUAACGAGCCACAAGAAUCGUGCAUCGCUGAAGUUGAGAUUAUGAUAGCUGAUGAGGCUAGUCGAGGCAAGAAAAGAGGCUGGGAGUCUGUUAUUCUUAUGAUGUGUUAUGGCAUUGAAAUGUUGAAUAUCAAUAAGCUUCGUGCGAAGAUCAAAACAGACAAUGCAAUAAGCAUCAAGAUAUUUGAGAAGCUUGGCUUUCAAGAGAAGAGGCCGUUGCUAUUCAAUUCGGUGGUGUACGGUUCUUUUUACACGAGUGCUGAGUUUAUUCGACAGAGCUUCAGCAAAAUGUCCAAGCCAAUACAGAUUAUCGAAGAACCGAAAAACUCCGCCGAUACCAAGGGACCGAUAUUAAUUCAGAUACAAAGACUUUGUCAAACGUUGGAUCUUGUGAAUGAAGAUUCGGUGCAAUCGACGAAUUAUAAUUUCCCGCAAUUGAAAAGAUAUGCAAUCUUCGGCUGUCUCUUAGCAGGACCGAUUUUACAUAGAUGGUACAAGUGGCUUGACGCGUUUUACAGUGGAAAAUCCAUGAAAAUCGUGCUGACGAAACUCUUCGCGGACCAAUUUAUCUUCACACCGCCGUUGAUUAUGCUGUUUUUUAUCAGUAUGAGUUUGAUGGAAGCUAAAUCGGAUAUCCUUAGAGAAUGUAGAAUUAAGUUUCUGCGUACCUUCCAGACUUCGUGCGGAUAUUGGCUGCCAGUGCAAUUUAUAAAUUUUAUGCUAAUUCCGGCGUAUUUACGAGUGACAUAUGUCAGUGUUGCUUCCUUCUGCUGGGUCAAUAUUCUAUGUUACUUAAAAAACGUGCCUACUGUUGAACACAAGAAAAUAAAUCACUGAAAUUUGAUAUUAUGUACACAUAUUAAUAUUUUAAAUAUUUGAAUAAAUACGUGA